AUGACUUCCGAACUCGUUCUAGUCGUUCUGUUGGUGCUUUCGACCUUGCUCAUGACCGAUGCCGAGCCAGAAGGGCACGCACACUCUUUCCAACAUUUCCACGGUCCCGUGUCGGGCAACGAGCACGAAGUUAGUUGGGACGAUGACGACGGCUAUCAUGAAGACUACGUCGCUCAUCCUCAUUAUGCCUUUUCGUAUGGGGUCGAAGAUCACCAUACGGGCGAUUAUCACGGUCAAAAGGAGCACAGAGACGGCACGGACGUGUUCGGGGAGUAUACCGUGAAGGAACCAGAUGGCAAUAUUAGAACGGUGAAGUACCGCGCGGGCAAGGACGGAUUUCAUGCCAAAGUGCAUAACAGCCUCCGAGACGAUCGUCAACAGGACGAUCAUCACGAUUACGAUCAUUAUUAG